AUGGGAGGAUUUCAAAAAUACCCUAUUCCAAGAUAUAUGAAUACAAGUAUGUGGGUUGUUAACCGUAACUGGAAAUGGAAUACAUUCCAUAUGUUAGUUCCUACAUUUUUUUUGUCAUUUUUAUGUUUUAGGAAUUUUUCUGUGUCAACUGUUACACCACCUUAGCCUGGUGAAUAUAUUGACCCUAAAAGCCAAUGGACACCUAAAAUAUUAAAAUAUUGAAAUAAAAUACAUAGAAUAAUAUUAUUUUAAAUAACAAAUGCGAAGCAAUUGAUAAAAAAUUUAUAUAAAUUUUAGAUAUAAAUAAAUUAACAAAAAAUAAAUUCAUUUUAUUUCAGAUUUUACAUAAAAUUACUAUUAUAAAAAACAUUAGCUUGAUUC